GCUACAUUUGGCUCUACUAGGAUUCUUUACCUCAUGGACUGCAGCCCAGGGGGUCGAAGGGGUCGAGAACACGACCCCCGAGAACACGACCCCCGACAACCUGACCCUGGAGACGUACACGGACAUGCCGGACGGGUCGACCUACCUGUCUGACGAGCUACUGGAGCAUGACGACCCCGAGCCGUUGUUCCAGUCGAGUGAGCAGAAGCUCAUGAACUACCUGGUGAGGAACUACGACAACAGCGUCAGGCCGGUGUAUGACGCCACUUCAGCUGUUGACGUCAAGCUGGGGCUGACGCUGACGCAGAUACUGGACCUUGACGAGAAGAACCAAGUCCUCACAACGAACGUGUGGCUUGAAGCGGAGUGGUUUGACGAGCGGCUCAACUGGUCCAUCACUGACUUUGGUGGCAUCUCGUCCAUCCGGAUACCGUGUCAGAAACUUUGGUUGCCAGACAUUGUUCUCUACAACAGUGUGGACGACUACACUUCCGGCUACAUGCCCACCCUCGCCAUGGUCUACAACAACAGCCGGGUCUUUUGGGGGCCGGUCAUCCGGUUCCGGUCCUCCUGCAAGAUCGACAUUACGUUCUUUCCUUUCGACACGCAAAUCUGUAAACUUAAGAUGGGCUCAUGGGCCUACACGGGCUUACAGGUGAACGUCUGGAACAGCUCAAACUCCAUGGACCUCUCCAACUUUGUGGACAACGGGGAAUGGGAACUUCUAGGUGUGGCUGUACAAAGGAACGUUGUGUUCUACGCUUGCUGUGAGGAGCCGUUCCCUGACGUUACAUUCGUCAUCCAGCUGAGAAGAAGGACCAAAUAUUAUUUCAUGAACAUCAUCAUACCCUGCAUCAUCUUAAGCUUUCUGUGUCUGGGAGGAUUCCUACUGCCAUCAGAGAGUGGGGAGAAGAUUACCCUGGGGCUGAGCGUCCUCCUGACCAUCACAGUCUUCAUGCUGAUGGUGGCAGACAAGAUGCCGCAGACUUCAGAGUCCAUCUCGGUCAUUAGUAUAUAUCUGAUGGCGGUACUGGCAACUAGCUGUCUGUCGGUCUUGUCGUCUGUCCUAAUACUCAGCAUCCACCACCAGAGAGGCAGACCCACACGCCCCCCUCCCUGGCUGAGAAAACUCUGCUUCAACAUCAUCACCCCCGUUCUGUGUUUGCGACGCCCUCGUGACGUCAGCGGGUCAGGGGAGGUCAUCACCAACUCGGAGAAGAAGAGCGCGCGGGGGUCGGGCACGAAGAGAGAGUCCAAGUUUGGGGGUGGCAGCAGGAUCGCGAGCAGCGAGGAGAGUUGUGAGUACUUCAAAAUGGACGCGACCAAGGAGAACUGCACCCCCGAUGACGUCACGCCCGUGGCGUCGGGCCGGGCCAAAGCGACGCAGAACAGCACCUUCAAGCAAGUGUACACCCCGCGUCACAACAACCACACGCAACAACCGCAGCGCGCGUACUCGCCGCUGCACCAACAGAGCAACAACAUCACGCGGGAGAAACACAUCUACCACCAACAUCCCCGCCACUCGCCGCACCACUCGGACAGCAGUUUACCCAGCAGCCCGCGAGUCGCGCGCGGGCGAGUCUAUUAUCCCGAACAGGAAUGUCAGGAUGAAGUCGAAUCCGACGAUGGGAGACAACCGGAGAAUUCAAAAGUCACGCAGACGUACAACGUAGUCGUCCGUUACCUGAUCGGGCUGAUCAAGACGAAACACGAGGACGAGAUUCUGGACGAGCAGGUGUUCCAGGAGUGGCACGACAUCGCCUUCGUGCUCGAUCGUCUGCUCUUCUACGUCUUCUUCUUCAUCACCCUCGUCUCUACCGUCUCCAUUCUCGAGAUGAGGCCCGCCGUCGAGAAAAUAUGACGCUGGCAUUUUCCGCUGCCAAUAUUCUGAGGCCUAACCAAAUUUCAAAAUGAUCCGAUAUUGACAUCUUCCAAUAUCAAAACUCGAAUGACACCUAACCAAAUGUCAAUAUGAAUUGAUAUUUGCUUUCUCCAAAAUAAAUACUGUGACUAAAACAUAUCAAAUGUCAAUUCGGCAUUGACAUACCUAAUGUUA